AACAACCAGACUUUCUAAAUCCUCCCAGAAAAUAAACAAAGAAUUUCUCUGGAAAUUAACUCUAAUGAAAACACAAUCACAAUAACCACAGCUGUUUGUCAAAGAAGAAAAAUAAGACAAUGGGGGCGUACAGAGCGGAUGAAGAUUACGAUUACCUGUUCAAGGUGGUGCUGAUUGGUGAUUCCGGCGUCGGAAAAUCCAACCUAUUGUCCCGCUUCACCAAGAAUGAGUUUAGCCAGGAGUCGAAAUCCACCAUCGGCGUUGAGUUCGCCACGCGUUCCAUUCAAGUUGAUGACAAGGUUGUCAAGGCCCAGAUUUGGGACACCGCCGGCCAAGAAAGGUAUCGUGCAAUUACUAGCGCCUAUUACAGAGGAGCAGUCGGGGCCUUACUCGUCUAUGAUGUCACUCGCAACGUGACAUUCCAGAAUGUGGAAAGAUGGUUGAAGGAGCUUCGAGGCCACACAGACACCAACAUUGUGAUCAUGCUGGUAGGAAACAAGGCAGAUCUUCGUCACCUGCGAGCCGUUCCCACACAGGAAGCCAAAGAUUUUGCUGAAAGGGAAAAAACCUUUUUCAUGGAAACUUCAGCUCUCGAAGCUUUGAACGUUGAUCAAGCAUUCACAGAAGUUUUGACACAAAUCUAUCAUGUGGUGAGUAGGAAGGCUCUUGACAUUGGGGAUGACCCUACUGCACUGCCCAAGGGACAAACAAUUAAUAUUGGAUCAAAAGAUGAUGUAUCAGCUGUGAAGAAUACUGGAUGCUGCUCUUAAUGUAGAGCUGCUCAAGUAACCAGUCCACAAGGGUGUAUAAUAGAAACCAAAUUGAUUUGUUUCUUUUAGAGUUAAUAUUCACAGAAACAAGUAGUAAAUCUUAUACUUAAUUGGAAAGGGGGGAUGUAAACACUGGACACACAGCUAGGGAUGAAAAACAUGUAAUAUGAGUCAACCAAUAUGUUUCUCUGUUGGUUUCAACUAAGGUACUUCACAGUUCUCUCUGCCCCUUUAUUGGCUUUCGUGCGCUGGUCUUGCGCUAAAAUCUGUUAUAUUUGCAGCCUUACCAGAUGUUUGUAGGCACCAAACAAACUUGCACUCCAUGAGCUAAAUGAUACGAUAGUAAACUAGAGUAUAUCAGGUUAUACCAACCGUUUGUGUUUCAUCCGUGUAAAGGGAAGAGGCAGACGAAGUCUCUCAGCAAAGUCCUUCCUUUACCAGAUGAUAAGAAAAUUAGGUCAAGUGAAUAAAAAGACAAAUUAAAUAGUGAACCGCAUCUCCAAUCAUUCAUUCAAGUUGCAUUCAAUCGAUUUAUUUGAGUGGGAAAUUACAUGGAUGCAUACAGCACUAGUUCAUCCAACUAGGAGAUUUAUUUACAAUAAAGGAUAGCCUCAAACCAAGAGGAGAAUAGCAUCAGUCCAGUUAACAUGGAAAAUACUUCAGCUGGUCCACGAUGACUUUGCAAUGCCACCUCCAACUCAAAAUUGCCGCUGCUUUCU